CCCAAACAUCACAGCCCAAUCCAAAACAGAAAGAAAGCCAGAGAAAAUGUCAAACAUUCUUUCUUGUGUUUAUUCUGUCUUGAUCAGGUUUGUUAGUGUUGGAGGAGGCUGAGCAACACGCAACACUCCUGGUUAUCAGAUAAUGCAGAAACAGCCAGAUGUCAGUAGUAAAAAGGUGUUUUGAAGUCAGACAGUGGGAGGAACCAGAGCCAAACAGAUUUAACCAACCUCAACCUCAAAUUCAACUCUAUGUCCUAACAUGGUGUAGGAGGCAGCCUCAAUAUUUAAAUAUGCCUGAUUCUAAUCAUGUGCUUUAACAAGAGUGGACCUGCCAAUUUAGGGACAGAAAAACAAAAGCAGGAGUGAACAUUGCAUGACAAUCAACAAUGCUGUGCUCCGUGUGGCUCAUUCUAUUUCUGAUUCUAGACAAUACCAUUUCAAGUGCGUCUGAAUCAAUCAGACUGGUAAAUGGCAAUAACUCUUGUUCUGGAAGAUUGGAGGUUUUUUAUAACAAUCAGUGGGGAACAGUGUGUGAUGAUGGCUGGGAUCUAUCAGAUGCAGCAGUGGUGUGUAGAGAGAUGGGCUGUGGGGAUGCUCUUGAGGCAAAGAGUGGUGCUUUUUACAGACCAGGUUGGGGAAACGUAUUAAUGAGCGAUAUUGCCUGUGUUGGAACUGAGUCUACGUUGAGCAGUUGCACCUCUAAGAAAGAGGGAGAUUUUAACUGUGAACAUUCAAAGGAUGCUGGAGUCAUCUGUCGCUCCCUUGUCAGAUUGGUGAAUGGCAGUCACUCCUGUUCUGGACGAGUGGAGGUUUUCAAUGACGAUCAGUGGGGAACAGUGUGCGAGAACGGCUGGGAUUAUUCAGAUGCUGCAGUGAUAUGUAAAGAAAUGGGCUGUGGGGAUGUUCUCGAGUUAAGGAUUGGAGGCUUUUUUGGGCAGGGAUCAGGAUCGGUAUGGCUGAGUGAUGUACAGUGUUCUAACACCGAAACGACUCUGAGACACUGUAAUUUACAGGGAUGGGGACAAAACUCAUGUGGACAUGAGAAGGAUGCUGCAGUCGCCUGUCAACGCAGAAUUAAGCUGGAAAAUGGCUUCAGUGCUUGUUCUGGAAGAGUGGGGAUUUUAUAUAAUCGCUGGGGACACAAUGAGUGGGGAACAGUAUGUGAUAAUAACUGGGAUCUAUCAGAUGCUGCAGUGGUGUGUAGGGAGAUGGGAUGUGGAGAUGCUGUAGCGGCAAAGAGUGCUGCUUAUUUUGGACACGGUGGGGGUAUAAUAUUGUUGGAUGAUGUCAACUGCAUUGGAAAUGAACUCACCCUCACUGCCUGUGAGUCCAGCAGAAUAGAAUCUUACGAUUUGCAUUACAAGGAUGCUGGAGUCAUCUGUCAAUCUCUUGUUAAGCUGGUGAAUGGCACUAACACUUGUUCUGGACGAGUUGAAGUUUUUUUUGAUGGCCGGUGGGGAACAGUAUGCGAUGAUGGCUGGGAUCAGUCAGAUGCAUCAGUGGUGUGUAGAGAUCUGGGCUGUGGGAAUGCUAUAGAGGCAAAGAGUGGUGCUUAUUUUGGACAGGGAUCCGGACUUGUAUGGCUAAGUGAUUUACAGUGUGCCAGUUACUCUACUCUGAGAAACUGUAAUUCAAAGGGAUGGGGACAAAACAGCUGUGGACAUGAGAAGGAUGCUGGAGUCGCCUGUCAACUUAACAUCAGACUGGUGUACGGCAUCACCUCUUGUUCUGGACGAGUGGAGGUUUUUCGUGACAAUCAGUGGGGAACUGUGUUUGAUGAUGGCUGGGAUCUAUCAGAUGCUGCAGUGGCGUGUAGACAGAUGGGAUGUGGAGAUGCUAUAGAGACAAAAGGUGGUGCUUAUUUUGGACAAGGUGCGGGACAAAUAUUUAUGGGCAGUAUAAACUGUUUUGGAAAUGAGACCAUGCUUAGUGAUUGUGAAUCACAUAGAUGGGGAAUGCAUGACCAUUCAAAGGAUGCUGGAGUCAUCUGUGACCCUUCUCUCAGGCUCAUUAAUGGACAUAACUCUUGUUCUGGACGAGUGGAGGUUCUCUAUAAUGGAAUAUGGGGAACAGUGUGUGAUAAUGGCUGGGAUCUAGCAGAUGCUGCAGCGGUGUGUAGAGAGAUGGGCUGUGGGGAUGUGAUCGAGGCGAAGAGCGCUGCUCAUUUCGGUCAGGGAUCAGGGCCUGUAUGGAUAAGUGAUUUACAAUGUUCUGACACUGACUCAAGACUAAGAGAUUGUAAAUCAAGUGGAUGGGGAAGAGGCAGCUGUGGACAUGAGAAAGAUGCAGGAGUCAUCUGUAAAGAAAACGUUAGGCUGGUCAGCAGCGCCAACCCCUGUUAUGGACGAGUAGAAGUUCUUCGUGCCGGUCAGUGGGGAACAGUGUGUGAUGAUGGCUGGGAUGCAUCAGAUGCUGCAGUGGUGUGUAAACAACUGGGCUGUGGGACACUUUUGGAAGUAAAGAGUGCUGCCUAUUUUGGAAAGGGUUCAGGAACAGUUUGGAUGAAUAAUGUAAACUGUUUUGGGAAUGAGCCUACAUUGAUGAACUGUUCAUAUAAUGCAACUCCAAACAGAUGUGGCCAUGAGAAAGAUGCUGGAGUCAUUUGUGGAUCUGUUAAAGUCAUGUUAAGGGUUGAAGUGAAGGCUAAUCUUGGAGUUGACCCAAAUGCUGCUGGAAUAAUAAGUAAACUUUCAGAGGAGAUUGGGAAGAAUCUACAAAUAAAUGGGGCUUUCUCACUGAAAACUCAGACCGAUGGAAAAAUCUUCCAUAAGAGAACAGGAGCUGCACCCUGACAAAUUGGUCAUUUCUGGAGUACAGAGGAGAAGACAAGCAAACACUGUAGGGCAUUGAAUGCUACAUCCUUCUUUCAGUCUGACCUUUUAUAAAUGAAAUUAAUAAUUAUCUUACAUAUUUUUCCACAUAUAACAGUGCUUUAUAUCAUAUCCUUGUACAUGUUUUCCUAAUGACAAUGUAAGCCUAAUAUUUGUGUUUAGAUGCUGACAUUGUUUUGAUACUGAUAAAGUAUCUUUGUGUCUCAUUCUAACUUGCUAAAUGUAAAAGUAAUAUAUAUAUUGUAAUCUUGAUAUAGCCAAUAUUGUAUAUAUAUUUUCAAUAUAAACCUGUCUGGAGCUAAAUGAAUGAACAUAUAAUAACAAUAUGCUUAAUAAUUUAAUUUAAUCCAAUUCUAUUUACGGAUGCAUAAUAAACAUAAAUAAUGUGUGAUUAAAGAAUAAUAUUUCUGGAUGUUGUAACCCUAGUCUUUCUGGUCCCAAUUUCUGUAUUUUAGUCUUGUUUUACAGAAAAAAGAAAAAAAAAACUUAUGCUUAAAUUAUCCUUAUUAAUGUAAAUAUGGUACUAUUUUACCAUAUGUAGGUAAUUGCUUAGGUUUUGAAACAAAAAUGAAUCUUUCCACCCAUGACAUAAAAGCAUCUGGUCUCGUG